UUCAGCUCAGAGAGCUUAGAGAGAGGAAUGACUUUUUCGGCAUCGUUGCAUUUGAAUGCAAGUGUCUUACCUAUGAAAGAAAGAAAGCAGAGACGGAGCAUAUCGGGGCAUGCUGUGAUUUGUCGUUAAUGGAUACAAUCCUGGGAUCCUGGCAGACGUUUCUGACUUGUGAUCUGUGAAAUGUCUGCGCUACGUUUCUGACUUGUGAUCUGUGAAAUGUCUGCACUGGUUUUGUCCACCAGACUUCUCCUGCUCUUGUCGGUCUGCUGUCUCAGAGGGAAAUGUGAAAUUCAAAAACCCGACCCUUCAGCAUCGACCGUCAUCAAACCUUUUCAUGAUGACGGUAACGAACCCCAGGCCUUCCCCGAUGAGGAGCGGGCCAGCCUUCCCGUGUUCACAAUGGACUAUCCUCGGAUACAAGUACCCUUUGAGUUCACCCUCUGGGUGCUGCUGGCUUCCUUUGCCAAAAUUGGGUUCCACAUUUACAAAAAUAUCACAGUCUGGAUCCCAGAAUCGUGCCUGCUGAUCGCCAUUGGCCUCAUCGUCGGCGCCAUCAUGCACUCGGUCAAAGAGGAGCCACCGGCUGUGCUCACCUCCAAUGUUUUCUUUCUCUACAUGCUCCCACUCAUUGUCCUGGAGAACGGCUACUUCAUGCCCACCAGGCCCUUUUUCGAGAACGUUGGCACCGUGCUGUGGUAUGCAGUGGUGGGAACGCUGUGGAACAGCAUCGGCAUCGGCCUCUCGCUCUUCGCCAUUUGUCAGAUUGAGGUAUUUGGAGUCCAAGAUAUCAACCUGCAGGAGAAUUUGUUGUUUGCAUCCAUCAUCUCAGCCGUGGACCCCGUGGCCGUACUCAACGUGUUUGACGACAUCGGCGUGAACGAGCAGACGCACAUUGUCAUCUUCGGGGAGGGGCUGUUCAACGAUGCUGUCACUGUGGUGCUGUACAGCAUGUUUUCCUUUGUGGCCGACAUGUCGGCUGUUGAAUCCACCGAUGUGUUUCUGGGCGGCGCCCGAUUCUUUGUGGUGGGGGCCGGGGGUCUCCUUUUCGGCCUCUUGUUUGGCUUUGUAGCCGCCUUCACCACACGUUUCACCCACAACGCCCGCCAGAUCGAGCCUCUCUUUGUCUUCAUGUUCAGCUACUUAGCGUACCUAGUGGCCGAGCUGUUUGCCAUCUCCAGCGUCCUCGCGAUUAUAACAUGCGCUAUAACCAUGAAGUACUAUGUUGAGGAGAACGUCUCCCAGAGGUCCUGCACUACCAUCCGUCAUGUGAUCAAGAUGCUGGCCACCAUCUCAGAAACUCUUAUCUUCUUCUUCCUUGGCGUUGUGACCAUCACAACGGAACAUGAGUGGAACUGGGCCUACAUCCUCUUCACCCUCCUCUUUGCCCUGCUCUGGAGAGGAAUCGGCAUCCUGGUUCUGUCUCAGAUCGUCAACCCGUUCCGGACAAUUCAGUUCACCUUUAAGGACCAGUUUGGUUUGGCCUACGGAGGUGUGCGCGGGGCCAUCUGCUUUGCUCUGGUCUUCACUCUGCCAGACACCAUCAACAGGAGAAACUUGUUUGUCACUGCGUCCAUUGCCAUCAUCAUAUUCACCGUGUUCAUCCAGGGUAUCAGCAUUCGGCCCAUCAUAGAAUAUAUGAAUAUCAGGAGGACCAACAAAGACUUGGGCACCAUCAACGUAGAAAUACACAACAGAGUGAUGGAGCACAUUGUUUGUGGCAUUGAGGACCUGUGUGGGCAAUGGAGCCACUACUACUGGAAAGACAAGUUUAAGAAGUUUAACGACCGCUUUUUGAGGCGUAUCCUGCUUCGGGACAACAGGGCAGAGUCCAGUAUCGUGUCCCUGUACAAGAAGCUGGAGCUGCAGACAGCCAUUGAUUUGCUGGACACGCCAGUGGGCGACCUGAGUGCAGCGCCAUCCAUUGUUUCUCUGCACGACGAGAGGAAGGACGCGUCUCGACCAAAGAAGAAGUUCCUGGCCGCUGACGUUAGGAAGAUGCAUGAUAUCCUGUCCAAGAAUAUGUACAAGAUCAGGGAGAGGACGAUGGCGUACACCAACAAAUCCAGCUUGCCUGAAAAUAGCCGAGCCAGGGAGAUUUUGAUUCGCCGUCAUGCAAGCAUCAGACGCAGCCUCCGAGCUGAAAGUUUCCGUGAAAUGGCUGCUCAAAAUUUGUCAAAAUCCCAGAAGUACUACUCCCUGCAGCACCAAGUAGAUCCAGAGGUUGCUUUUCCUCUCAGAAGACGAAGUCAUGGAGCAGGAGUGUCGCCCAGCUCCUCGUCCCGCUGGUUAAUGUCUAUGAGGAGGCUGAACACCAUCAAAGAAUCAUCAAGCGGAGGAGGACGUCCUGCUUCCUCUCCUGAGGUAGCUGUAUUGGACGAGAGACGCCCCAGCAAAAAGACACCAGUCGCAGCCCCGCGCAAGCGCAACUCGGAGUGGACUUCCCAGCAUCCAGGAGAGGGGGAUGAACCCUUAGCUCCUCCCCCGCUACCUGCGCCUCCUGGCUGGACGUCCGACAACCAGAACAGCAGAGAUCACGGGGCUGGAGACCCACUUCUUGGAACAACAUCACAAGGUGAAAGGUGACAAGCCGAGGGAAGGUCCACAGAAGGACUUAGUUGACUUGACAACCUCCAGCAUACCUGUUUUAAAACUCUGCUCCUUGGAGUGCUUACACCUUCAAUUGAAAGUGUUGGCUAAUAACUACAACAUGCGUUCCAACUACAAUGGCAUACCUGCAGGGGUGGGCGAUACUGCAAAUUUUGGUAUCAAUCCAAUACCAAGCAAAUACAAGGCUAGUAUUACUGAUACCGGGGCUUCAUAGACUUAAGACGUAAUAUUUUACAGUAUUACAUCACCUGUUCCUGGUGGUGUGAUGCUAUAGCUGUUGCCCUCAACAUUAGUUUUUUAUUCUGUUCAUUUUUUAUUUGCACAAAAAAAAGCACCAAACUAAAAUCAGGUUCAGUUAAACAGUGUAAAAAUAUCUUUUAAUGGGUCCAAAAAAAAUUCUACUUUGUGCCCAGAUUUGGCCAGGGGCAGCCCUGUGCACAGUAAUGCCUCAUCACUAUUUUUCAAAAAUAUAUGAAUGAAUAAAUCAUUGCUUUUUUUCGUGGUUGAAUGUGACAAAUUAUUAGCAAAAAAAUGCAUUUUUAAGCAAAUUUUAUAUAUUUUUUUGUUUAAAUGAAGCAUUUUCAAGCAUAAAAAUGGCCAAAUGAAGUAAAAUACAAAUAUAAGGCAUUCAGAAGACACAUUCGACGAUGUUGUGAUGAUAUGUAGUAUUCUCCACAGGUCACUAGGUGCCAGUAAUGUUACAUUGAUGAGACAAUCGCCAUUACGGGAAGUACUGUACAAAGCAGGAGGCAUCAAAAGUUCAAGGAACUCUCCCAAUACUAACAUGUGUGAGUCUAUGUAAGUCUUAAAUGUCUUAUUUUCUCUUAUUAUGGCUACCAUAUUGGACAAUAUGAAUGUAAAUGUGACUGUAGAUGUGUUAUUUCAUAUCUACGUUACCGUAUUUAGAAGUUUGUAAACAGGUUUUCUGUGCUCUAACUGCAAAAAUAUUCCAUUUAUACAUAAGGAACCCUACUUCGCAGAAAUACACUGGAACCAAUUAACCGUGAUAAACGAGGGAUUACUUUACAGCCAUCACUUGGCCUGUGUUUUCUCGUAAAAAUGUAAGUACUUUAUGGGCCCGAGCAGGAGUGCCCACAGGGAUUUGGGCCUCAGUGAGAAAAAUAUCUCUUUGGGUCUUUUGUCAGUGGACGUACAAGUGCAAUGUUGCCUUGCUUGUGCCCCCCAGAGCAGCUCACUGUUACUUGGAUUGUUUAUUUGAGACACACAAACAGCAUAUGUCAAAUUCUGUUUUGUAUUUUUGUUGAUAAGACCGUCCUUUACAUGAAGUAAACUCUUCUUGAGAAUAAAUAUGAUGAGUGGGCGUUUGCCAGCUCAUCCACAAUCUA